AUGGUAAAGUACUUCAACUGCACGACAUUUGACAUCAUGGGCGACUUGACGUUUAACGAAGACCUCAAUAUGCUUGAAGAAGCGGAGUGUUCUCCAUGGGUCGAGUCUAUCUUUGGCUCUGUGAAAGCUGCGACUUUCCUCUUGGGGGUCAAGACCCACAGUCGAGCGGCGAGGCUGCUGGCAGACGCUUUCCUCAAGUACAAUCCGGCUGUCCAGAGGAAGCAGAUCGAAAACUGGAUGUAUUGCGCUGAGCGCGUCGAAAGACGACUAAAGCGAGAGCCUAAACAUCCGGAUCUAUGGUCUAGAAUCCUCGGAAUGGAGAAGGAAUCAGAAAGCCUCACAAUGGAAGAACAAAUCCACAACAUCUAG